UUACACAUCUUUUCAGCUCUCUCUCACGUACAUCAAUACCCAACCUACCAUCCUUUCGACGCCAUGCCGAGAGACCGUGACCCUUUGGUCGUCGGGAGAGUCAUCGGCGACGUUAUCGACUCGUUCACGAGGUCCAUUUCGAUUAGGGCUACUUACAACAAUAGGGAAAUUAGCAAUGGGUGUGAGCUCAAACCCUCUCAAGUUGUCAACCAGCCAAGAGUUGAGAUUGGUGGCACUGACCUUCGCACCUUCUUCACUUUGGUUAUGGUGGAUCCUGAUGCUCCUAGCCCUAGUGACCCUAAUCUAAGGGAAUACUUGCAUUGGUUGGUGACUGAUAUCCCCGCUACAACUGGAGCGACCUUUGGUCAAGAGAUCGUGUGCUAUGAGAGCCCAAGGCCAACGGUGGGUAUCCAUCGUCUGGUGCUGGUGUUGUUUCGACAGCUUGGAAGGCAAACGGUGUACGCUCCUGGGUGGCGCCAGAACUUCAACACAAGAGACUUUGCAGAGCUUUACAAUCUAGGCUUGCCGGUGGCAGCCGUUUAUUUCAAUUGCCAAAGGGAAAGUGGGUCUGGUGGAAGGAGAAGAAGCCAAGAUGAUUUCUAAGUCCCCACUUCACAUUAAUUAGAUUAAUAUUAUAGCCCCUAUCAUCUAUUAAUCCUACCUUGCUUUUAGAUUAACCUUUAUUUUGGAUCAUAAAUAAGCCCAAAUGCAUACCUAAAUAUUGCUCUUA